GCUAAAAGUGUUCGGGUGCCCCUUUCUCCUCAUUCUGCCCCCCCUUCUUGCCAAACACAUGAGGUUGGGCUGAUGAGGGCCGCACGCAGUCCAAGGGCCACAGGCUCCCCUCUUCACCCCCGGGAUAAAAAUGCAUCCACUCUCUCUCCCCCAGAUUAUGUUCUGCACCCUGAACACCCACAGAGUGGACAUGCAGAAGCUGCUUGGGGGGCAGAUUGGUCUGGAGGACUUCAUCUUUGCUCACAUCCGUGGCGAGACGAAGGAAGUGGAGGUGACGAAGACAGAGGAUGCUCUGGGGCUGACCAUUACAGAUAACGGGGCUGGCUGUGCCUUCAUCAAGCGCAUCAAGGAAGGUAGCAUUAUCAACCGCAUCCCAAUCGUGUGCGUCGGCGACACCAUCGAGGCCAUCAACGACCAGACCAUCGUCGGGUGCCGCCACUACGAAGUUGCCAAGAUGUUGCGCGAGAUGCCGAAAGCGCAGCCCUUCACCAUGCGCCUGGUGCAGCCGAAACGAGCCUUUGACAUGAUUAGCCAGCGGACGCGAAACAGUAAGAUCCCCAGCGAGGGGAAAGUGGCGAGCGGAAAGGAAACACUGCGGCUGCGCUCCAAGGGCAGCGCCACCAUGGAGGAGGCGCCCAGCGAGUUUGAGGAGGAAGCUGCGGCAAAAGUCGACGACCUCCUGGAGAGCUACAUGGGCAUUCGUGACGUGGAACUGGCAUCGAGCAUGGUCGAGAUGGCCAAGGAGUGCCAGGACCCCGAAGACUUUGCUCGUGGCCUGGAUUUGCUGCUGGGCGAAUUCGCCUUCCCGGAGGAGUUUGUGGCAGAGGUCUGGACAGCCAUCUGCGAGGCAAAGGGCCUCCCCAAGUAGUGGGAAAGAGCUGGGUUGGGAAGGGUAGGCCACUCCCCUUUUUUUAAAUCGCCCCCUUCUCUCUCUGCUCCUUGAAUCCCCCAGCCUCCCACCCCAACAGCCCUGGUUUCCUUGCCUGCGGUUUCUAUCCAGAGUCAUAUGUACAUAUACACACAAACACUCAUGGUUAGAGUGUUGGACUGGGACCUGGGACACCAGGGUUCGAAUCCCCACUCAGCCAUGAAACUCACUGGGUGACCUUGGACAACUCACUGCCUCUGAGCCUAACCUACCUCACAGGGUUGUUGUGGGGAUUAAAUGAGGAGAAGGAGAACUAGGUAAGCCACCUUGAGCUCCUUGGAGAAAAGGUGGGACAGAAAUGCAAUAAACAAACAUUCAUGUCUAUGAACUUUAGUGGGCCUAGUUUGGCCAGGACAAGCAUUUGAAUACCACCCCCUGUCUUUCAGCCCAGCUUACCUCACAGGGUUGUUGUGAGGAUGAAAUGGAGAAGGGGGAGAGCCAGGUAUGCCACCUUGAGUUCCUUGGAGGAGGAAAGCUGGAAUAUAAAUAGAAUUAAAAAACACGCACACAGAGUCAAUUUCAUAACGGUAAAACGGAAUCCUGAAAAUGUAGCUGUUCUCACAUUUGGGCAGGAUAUCAUUUCCCCUUCUAGCCCACUUGCUCCCUUCCAAGCGUCCUAGGGGCCCCCAGCUGCUCAUGGGGUGCCUGUGUGUUUGAAGCAAAGCCUAGAAGGCAAGAUCUUGGAUGGAAGUAGUCCAGCAGCAGGCAGGGAGGAUGGACCUGUCUUUUCAGCACCAAGGACAUCUCCCCGGGGAAGACAGAUAUGGGCCCACCUAAAGCCUAAGCCGACCACCCAGCUAGCCAAGCAGCACAAGCGUGUGCCGAAAGGUGAUUUUUUUGCCCUAGUCUUCUGCCGAAAAAAGAACUCCCAGGGAGGCUUAAAACGAUUGGUAAUAAGAUAGCUGCUACCUUCAGCUUGUAAUCUAAAAGACAUGACACAAAAGGAAAAGAACUGGGACAGAGGAGGAAAGACACAACUAGUUCUUAAAUACUGACCUCUUGUAACAACCAGCUGGCAUGGGGAACAGUCUGAGGUGAGGCGGAGCCGAAAUCUGUUGGGUCUGUCAGCAGAGUCGACGGACUGGCGCUGUUCCCUCUGUUCCCUCUCUUGGUCUAGCCGGAUGUUUUGGAUGCUGUUGUGCAAAGACGGGGUGGGGACCUUUUCCAGCCCAAGGGCCACCUUCCCUUCUACAUAACCUUCCAGGGGGCCACAUGCCAGAAGCAAAAGUGGGUGGAGCAACACCUGUAAACGUUACCUUUGUACAGUAGACUACUUUCUACACAUGCUCACACGCACCCUUUUCUACCGUCCCUCCAGGCAAGCAACAGGAGUUGAAGGACGCCAAGUGAAAGCACUCAAUGAGAAUGCAAAGGAGGGCCAGUGAGGAGUGUGGCCUGGGUAGACUUUUGAGAGCCAGAUAGAGAGAUAUGGAGGGCCGCAUUCAGCCUCUGGGUCUGAAGUGGGGGAUACCGGCGUCUUUAUUUCUUUGGCUCAGCCAACAGCUGCGGCCAAAUAUGGUAGACGCCCUGCUCUGCUCAGAGGUGCAGACAGCCAUCAAGUACUCCCUAUUUGGCUGGUUUCCAGAGCUCUCUCCAUCUGUGGCCCUCUAGAUGUGGCUGAACUACAACUCCCAUCAGCCGUAGGAGCCAGGCUGACCAAAGGUCAGGGGUGAUGGUUGGAGUUGUAGUCCAAGGGCACCUGGAGGGCUUCAGGUGAGCCACCUGGACUCUGUGGAAUCUCGGAGAUCACUCGUAAUUCUCACUGGAUUUCGGAGUUGCAAAUUGCCCAGCGUUGUUCCUAAGAAGUGGAACCUAAUGCAAGCUGCCUUUUCAAUCGGUUUUGCACAGAGGGCUACACGCACAUAGCCUGAUGCAGCUUUUGUUGACCGGUGCAUCCUCACCUCCUCUACGUUAUCGACGCAAAUGUGCACACGAAUGAAACGAAAAAAGGAACCUCAGUGUGAUUGUGCAGACAGCUGUCACCAUUUGUUUUCUGUGCAACGUUUUACCAGCCCACGCAAAAAGGGAUCUCAACACAAUCUCACCCGCAAUCACACCACGAGUCCUUUUUCUGGCAAUG